AUGCCACCUAGCCCUGACCGCAAACAAGUCCACUGGAGUCCCGUCGUAGAGGAGUUCAGCGCGGGCCAUACACGCCAGAGCUCCGCGGGGUCGUCUUCCUCCUGGCAGUCGUCCUCUUCUCCACCGAGACGGGGCUUCUCUGGCCCUCCUCCAAUCUACCAGCCGACCAGUCCCCCACCCAUCUACCAGCCGAUCGCGUCUACACCACCGACACCACUCAUCUCGCUCCCAAUUCCACUUCCUGACGUCGACGAGGAUGCCAGCGACAGCAACGAGCAAGAGGCUACCGCGAGCCCGCACUUUGCUGUACUGCGCCUCGACAUGUCGCUCCCGUCCAGCACAUUCCGCGGCACCCUCGGGCCGCACCAAGCGCUGCUCGACACCCCAGCCUGCUCCCCACCAACCACGGCCCUAUUCCUGCGCCUCGACACGGGGCUCGUCCGCGCCAAGAUCGAGGUGCGGUCCUGCAAGGCGGCGGGCGCGGCAGUGACGGUAGGCGACGUCCUGACCGCCGUGCACGCUGAGCUGCGCAAACCAGAUGGCGGAGGCACACCCGCGGAAGCCUUGCCGUACGCCCGGCAGCGCAUUAUCGCGCAGGGCGGAGGUGGGGCGCGGAUCGUCGACCACUUGCUAGGGAAGACGGUGUUGGCUGGUUUACAUCGGCAGGUCGGCCAACACGAUCGCUAUUGGCAGGUCCAUCUGGUGUAG